UAGAGUCUCAGCUCGAUGAAUGACAGACUCCUCGCUGUAGCCUUCCCCGCCGCCCCCUCCCGUUUCUGCUCCGUGAGGUUCUUAAGUGACGCGGGGGAAGGGGCCAGGGUAGGCGGCACAAAGUCCCUCCCGCCCUUCCCCCGCCCGCGCCACCUCCUCCGGGACCCGCUAGCUGAGCCACAAAAACUACAACUCCCAGCAGCCCCUGCCGCGGCCGGUGCGCAGCCGCAGAGCAGAGGCUGCCGGGAGCGUGUUGCUCGGAGGCGGGGCAGCGCGCCGGGCGGAAGUCGGCCCUCCGCUGGGUCCCGGUCCGGCCUGCAGAGAGGUCCCCGCGUCCGCGGGCCCGGAGCCGGUCCGCACCGGGUGCCCGCGGGCGGCGGGCAUGCAGCCUGGAAGGUGUGGGGAGCCCUCGCUGUGGGGGUUACGAGGUCGAUUCAGGAGGGACGGACGGGGCUGCUCCUCCAGGACGGGCUGGCAGGUCCCGCCAGCCCUCCGCACAGCCGCCCGCCAGCCCCGCUGCCCCCGGCAUGGAGUGAGUCUAUGCCCCCCGCCUGGAUAAGUGCGGGGCGCCUUCCCGCGCUGGCGUCCAUGAGCAAGCCCGCCGACCCCCGCUUCCGCGUCCGCUGGAGGGUGCUCCUGCCGGCGGCCGUGGGCCUCGCCGUGCUCUGGCUGCUCUGCGCCCACCGCCCGGCCCCGGGCAGGCCCCCCGCGCCCAGCGCCCACAACUGGCGGCUCGGCCAGGCGGCCGCCGAGCGGUACAAUGACACCUACCCCCUGUCGGCGCCCCAGCGGACGCCGGGCGGGACCCGCUACCGCAUCGCGGUCAUCGCCGACCUGGACACGGACUCCAAGGCCCGGGAGGAGAACACGUGGUUCAGCUACCUGCAGAAGGGCCACCUGACCCUGUCCCCCAGCGGCGACCGCGUGGCCGUGGAGUGGGACCCGGGCCCCCGCGUCCUGGAGUCCCACCUGGCGGAGAAGGGGCGGGGCAUGGAGCUGUCCGACCUGGCGGCCUUCAACGGGAAGCUCUACUCCGUGGACGACCGCACUGGGGUGGUCUACCGCAUCGAGGGCGCCACGGCCGUGCCCUGGGUCAUCCUGUCCGACGGCGACGGCAGCGUGGGGAAGGGCUUCAAGGCGGAGUGGCUGGCGGUGAAGGACCAGCACCUGUACGUGGGCGGCCUGGGCAAGGAGUGGACCACCACCACGGGCGAGGUGGUCAACGAGAACCCCGAGUGGGUGAAGGUGGUGAGCUUCCGGGGCAGCGUGCACCACGAGAACUGGGUGGCCCACUACCACGCCCUGCGGGCGGCCGCCGGCAUCCAGCCGCCAGGCUACCUGAUCCACGAGGCGGCCUGCUGGAGCGAGGCACUGCAGCGCUGGUUCUUCCUGCCGCGCCGCGCCAGCCACCAGCGCUACCACGAGCGGGACGACGAGCGCAAGGGCACCAACCUGCUGCUGAGCGCCGGCCCCGACUUCGCCGCCGUGGCCGCGCGCCGCGUGGGCCCCGCCGUGCCCACCCACGGCUUCUCCUCCUUCAAGUUCGUGCCCGGCACCGGCGACCAGGUCAUCGUGGCCCUCAAGUCCGAGGAGGACGGCGGCCGCGUGGCCACCUACAUCAUGGCCUUCACGCUGGACGGGCGCUUCCUGCUGCCCGAGACCAAGGUCGGGGACGUCAAGUACGAGGGGAUCGAGUUCAUCUGAUGGGAGACGCGGCGUCGCGGGGCCGCGGGGGCGGUGCGCUUCGAAAAGCCCGGCUGCCCUCUGCGGGUGUCUGGUUUGCUCUUUUGCUUCCGGGGCUCAGCGGUGGGUCUGGGGUUGGAGGCUCCAGAGUAGGGAGUUCGGGCCCCGGGAGCAGCGGAGGGGCCACCCCAGGGCAGGCUCCGGGCGGCCCGGCCCGGCCCUGCCUUCCCUCUGGCCUCCGUUUCUCUUCUCUCUUCGCUAAAUGUGUCUUGGCUCCUGCCGUCGGCCAGCGCCGAGCCCAUCUGGCACACGGCAGAGACGGGGGAUCUGGAGUGCCCCUGCCCAGCGGGACCUCAAGCCCCGCUCCACCCCGAACCCCUCCUGC